AACGAAGUGUAGUGAGUGUAGGUGAAGAGUACAGGAGUACGAUGAACGUGAGAUUGUUAUGAACCGUCACGAUUAGAAGAAUGGCUAAUUUGCGUUUAUUUGUCGCCUCGGCUGCGAGUUCAUUAAACAAUUAUGGAUUGGCAAGAUAUUACCUGACGAGUCUUAAAAGAGGAUACAGCGUCUUUCCGCCACAUUAUAUUCAACCGAUACCCAGGAAAGAAGAUCAAGAAGCUCUGUUUCAAAGCGAUGAAGCGAAAAAGAUAGUGCACGAGCAGGUGAAGCCAGCACUAGUCAUGGACACUUGCUCUGAAUUUUAUGACAAAAGAGUGCUGAAAUUUCUUAAUACUCUCAUGAAGAACGGAAAUAGAAAAUUGGCGACAGCAUUGGUAACUAAUACUUUCGAGAGUGUCAAAAGAUUGCAAUUGGAGCGCUAUCACAAGGCAACGACGAGCGAGGCGAAAGAGAAUAUUGAAUUGGAUCCAUUUGCAGUUUUUCACCGUGCUGUUGAUAAUUGCAUACCAAUUCUACAAUUAAAGAAUUAUAGAAGAGGAGGAAUCACGUAUCAGGUUCCUAUUCCAAUUGCACCUCUGAUGGCACAGCACAAGUCCAUGUUGUGGUUAAUACAGGCUGCGAAGGAGAAAGACGACGAAGAGAGAUUUUAUCAUGUACUAGCCAAAGAACUAAUAGCAGCUUCUCAGAAUCAGGGUCGUGCGGUUAAAUGGAAGCAAGAAUUGAACAAGAAAUGCCAAGCUAAUCGGGCUUACGCGCACUUCAGGUGGAUGUAGUUAAGAUAGGUUCUACGUAUACAUAAAUAAAAUAAUUCUGAAACGUAA